AUGCUGAAGUUCAUAAAAAUUUUUUUCGUUUAUCUGGUUUUAACCAACGCUAAGAAGACGCUGCGCACGAAUGAGAGAUGCCACCUCCAGCUGUUUUUAAAUGGCUCCACAACGUUUGGUGCAAAAAGGAAGAGCCAAAGUUGUGUAGGAAAAAUAACCCCCUUGUAUUUGAGGAAAAGGCUCGACCCAAACGACAAGUACACAGUAAUCAAAAGACAUGAAGCAAAAGUACAGAGAAAUUUAAAGAGGAAGUACCUGAUUGAAAGAUACAAGGAAAAAAGAGAGCUACUAAAAAAAUACAUAGCAGAAGCGUCGUCCCCUAUUGAAUAUGUCUACUGGAAGUACAAGUUGUCUUCUCUUCCCAGGGACUCCUGCCCUGUCAGGUUUCGGAAUAGAUGUGCGAUCACAGACACCAAGCUCGUGCGCUCAUACAGAAAAUGUUCUUUCCCGGUUUUGUCAAGGCAUGUUGGUAGCAUUUGA